AUGUCAGGCCCCGCUAGCCCCCCCGAAGACCAAGGAGGUGAUCGCACAGAGCCGAGCGAGAGGAAGAGGACCGACAGUGGGCUCUGGUAUGACGGCGAGAGUACCCGAGGAGUGUACUGCCUCGAUACUGCCUUGAGAUCUCUUCAAAGUGUGCAUACCUCUCAUCUGUCCGUCUUCCUUCUGGCAUCUCUUGUUCUGACUUACAACUCUUGUCUUCUUGUACUUCGACCUGUAUUCCCCUUAACUGCUCGCGAUCUCGACUAG